AACUACGCCACGUUCGCCGUGCUGAGGUUCCUGGCCGGCGUCCUGCAGGUGGGCUGCCUGCCGUGCUUCACCUUGUCCUCGGAGCUGGUGGGGCCGCAAUACCGGAGUCGCGUUGGCCUCUUUGGCUCCACCUUCUUCUCCAUCGGUAUCCAGAUACUGGCACUCGGCGCAUACGUCACCACCACGUGGCGCCUCCUGGUGAUCGCCUCAGCUGCCUUGGCCGGCCUCUCCGUGUUCGUGAUAUGGCUCUUUGUGCCUGCCAGUCCGCGAUGGCUUAUGCUCAAUGGUCGAACCGAGGAAGCGCACAAAGUCAUGCUGGGCGUGGCGCGUGCCAACGGAGUGACCCCUCCGGCCAACUUUACCCUGGUGGCCGCGAGGGAGAAGACCGUUGGCUUUCCCGACAACUGCUGCUCGCUGUUCCGACACUGGCGCUCCGCUCUCUGGACAGUGGUGCUCUGCCUCACCUGGGUGGUACACACGCUGACCUACUACGGCCUGACGGCGGCGGCGGCCAGCAUGGGUCAAAACCGAUUCAUCUCGUUCGCCCUCUCGGGCCUGGUGGAGAUUCCGCCCAUGAUCGUCAUCUCCUGGCUACUGGAUAAACUGGGCCGACGGUACACGCUCAGCGGCGUGAUGCUGGCCGGAGGCAUCAGCUGCGUCCUGAUCAUGCUGCUGCCUGGCUCUUACAUUGACGAUCAGGGAGGCAGGCUGACGCUCAGUCUGAUAGGGAAGCUGUGCAUAGCUACCACGUUCACCGUAACCUACAUAUUCACGGGCGAGAUUUUCCCCACAUCGGUUCGUAACACUGGCUUCGGCAUCGUCAACUUCUGCGGGCGGAUGGCUGGGAUAGCCUAUCCCUUCGUAGCGCUGCUGAAUAUUGUAAAGAAAGAUCUUCAUUUCUUCGUUUUCGGAGCACUGAUCACAUCAUCGGCGCUGCUGGACCUGCUGCUACCGGAGACGAUGGGAAAGCCGCUGCCAAAGACAGUUGGGGAAAUGGUCGGAGAAGACGUCGAAAUGUAUCAAGCCUUGCAGCUCGACGAACUGGAGGACGAUUACGGCAGCGAUAGGCAUGCAAUGAAACCAAAUCAAGACUGAACAAAGAACGUAGGUGCUUUUGCCACAACACAUAUACUGUCGUUAGGAGUGCUCUUGGCAACUUUGUUACAUCGACAUGCAUUUCGCCGAUGGAAGCCGUGUGCUCAGUUGGCCACGUCUAUAUUUUUAUGAUCUGUCGUCGGUGACAACCUUUUUAACACUUCGGUGUUGCAUUUUCUUCCUGACUGUAAAUGAUUGCGGUGGGUUUGCGGGACAGUGGACAAGGCCCACACGUGAUUCGUACUCUUCGUUACCCAAGACGGCUUUAAAUGACAUCUGGCCCUUGUGUUAGGUCCUGAACAAAUCAUUUAUAUGCUUUAUCGGCUGUAAGCUCAGUGCAGUGGGGAACAUGAAGCUUGUUAACACGCAGUCAGCGUUUCAGCAAGCUUAAGCGUCAUUUCAGAACUCGUAUGAAGUGUCUCCACGUGGAAAGCGCAACGGAAUGCGGGAUUGCGAUGCGGCGGUUCGUUGGGUCAACAUUUGUUGUUUGCUGAUCUCUGUGAUAAACUGUCGGGCUGUCGGGCUGUUGGCCCACCACUGGAUUCGGUAGUGUCAUACGUCAGAACCGAAGGGAACUGGCUAUUGAGUGGUACCACGUUUUCAGUUACAUGGGCCACAUGUGGCCCUCACACGAGCUGGCUAGGUGGACUUGGCCAUUUUCGAAGAGUUUACACGUAUUUUUGCCGCAUGUCGGUACCCAGACCACGAACGUACUCGAGAUUGGCAUACAUUGAUAGAGAGUCGACAGACAAUCUCGUGGUGUAUAUUAAAAUGUCACAUGUGCCGCGUGCCACGUGUGUACGAGCCAGCAGGAUGGUUUUGACCGUUUUCGAUCGUUAUUCACAUUUUGCGCCAUAUUUCAGUCCACGGACCAGGUAGAGGCUGCAAUCUAGCUGCAAAAGAUACAAAGUAAAAAUUGAUGCGUUUUUUUAUUAACGCAGCGAAGCAAGUGUUGAAACGCUUGUAGCUACUCCAAAAAUAUACGAUGUGUUGUAGUUCAUCUCUCGAAAUGGUGGAAUAGGGGCGCCGUGCAAAUUUAACAUAUUGCACAUCUUUCUUUCUUUAUCUUUUGAUAAUCUUUCCAAGAAAACAUGUUUCAUUUUUGCUGUGGUAUGUGCAAAAGGGAUCACUUCACAGUUGAUCUA